AUGAGCAAUCAGAAGGUGAUUUAUUUAAACUCAAGAGUUUUUGAGUCUUCCUUGGAGUCACAGAAUCCAAUCAGGCCUGAAGAGACUCAAGGUCCCAGAAAGGUUGGACACAAAGUGGCUCUCGGGAUCCUCUGCUUACUUCUGAUGAUGGCAAUCUCAGUGUGGCUGAUAUACAUUUUUCAGUAUAGUCAAGAAAAAUAUGAACUGCAAAAAUCUCUAAACAACCUCACUCAAAAUUAUCACAUCCUGAAAAAUGACAACUACUUAAAGGAAGAAAUACUGAGAAAUAAAUCUAGAGAGUACGAUGAUCUCAAACAUCAGAAGGAACCAUACUCCCUCAACAGAAAACAGAACAGACACUGUGGGAAAACUAAGGUCAUUUUAGAUUGCGUACAGUACACAGGGAAUCCUGUUGAAGAACAUUUGUUCUGCCGUGGCAUGAAAUGUUAUUAUGUCACCACGGAAAAUAAACAAUGGAAUGGAUGUAAACAGACCUGCCAGGACUGCAGCUUAUCUCUUUUGAAGAUAGAUGAUGAUAAUGAACUGAAGUUCUUACAGUCCCAGCUUACUACAAACAGAUACUGGAUUGGAUUAAAAUAUAAUGGAAGCAAAGGGGAAUGGCAAUGGACUGGACCAUCCUGCAAGCUCAACGCCAGCUCCUUCUGUGACUGGGUCCAGAUACAGGUCCUUUCAAGACUGACUUCAUUGGAUCUACUGGCAAGGACCCCACCAGGUCACUGUAAAGAGCCAUCGGGCAAAAGGGCCAGCAUCAACAGAAGACGCACUGCGUCUGUCAGCGCCUCUGCUUCACCAGGCAUAAUAACCUUACCAGCAGUGCGGAGUACCCUUGUGGGACACCAUUACCCGCUGAUACUGCUGCUGCUGCUGAACAGUUCAGACUAG